UCACCUGCCCCGUCCCCGAGCUCUCCGCGCUCCCGCGUCAGCACCACUCACCACUCGCCAGCGCGCGUGCCGUCUCACUCUCACCUCACGCCAGGAGCGGCUGCCGAUUCGGCGUCUCCUCGGCCCCGUUCCUCUAAUCUUCUUCCUCGUCCCCCCGGGCCGGAUGGACCUGCCGCCCAGCCCAAGCUCGGCGCCGGAGCCGUGCCAGUGGGCCGGCGCCGGCCUCGGCUCCGCGGCGUGCGGCCUGGCCGGGAGAGUGCUCUGCGUCGUCGCCACCUGCGUCUUCGCCGCCGUGGGGUCGCUGGUCGGGGCGGUGACGGGCUCCAUGAUCGGGCUGGCGACCGAGAGCGGGGUGCUGCGCGGCGCCGGCAUAGGAGCCAUCUCCGGCGCCGUCUUCUCCAUCGAGGUCGCCGAGGCGUCGCGGGACCUCUGGCACUCGGGCGACUCCGGCGUCUGGACCGUCCUCUACAUGGUGGACAUCAUCUCCAGCCUCCUGAGCGGCAGGCUGGUCCGGGAGAAGGUGGGGCCGGCGGUCCAGAGCGCCGUGCAGAGUCAGAUCAGCGCCAUCAGCUCGCCGUUCGCGGAGACGAGCGACCUGUUCGACACGGGCGGCAGCAGGGGCCUCCCGGCGGACGCGGUGCGGCGGCUGCCGGCGAUGGAGAUCGCGGCGGACAGCGCCGUGGACGCGGCGGGGGAGGCGCUCUGCUGCUCGGUGUGCCUGCAGGACUUCCGGGUGGGCGAGCCCGCGCGGAGGCUCCCCGGGUGCCGGCACGUGUUCCACGUGCCCUGCAUCGACUGCUGGCUCCACAGGCACGGCUCCUGCCCGCUCUGCCGCCGAGACAUCUGAACUCUCCAUCGCCGCCGGCAGUUCGUGGCUCCGUAAACCGCCGUCGUGGUUGCCCACCCCAACCCCCCCCCCCCCCCAAAAAAAAAAACGCCGCCGUGGAGUCGUGCUCGUAUCAGUCGCCGAUCGGUUGUUACUGCUGCCAGCUUGGCUGCUUGGGGUGGGUUAGUGGAGUAGGAUUUGCGGGACGGCACCGGAUGCCCGCAAGGGAAAUGGUGCUCUCUGGUAACGAAAAGAAACCAGUCCCCUGUAAAAGAUCAACGGAAAAGAAAAAAAUGAGAGAGAAAAACGGCACGUGUGAAUGUGUGAUGUGACGAUCGUAUGUUGACAAGAGAUGGAAUGGGUCCGUAUGUGGAUAAGAGAUUAAAGAGUGGUUCAGAGACCGCGUGUCUUAACUCUGA